UCACGCCUCCGCUCUCUGCCCGCAGAGGUCUCCCUACAUCGCUGCCUGCUGCCCCAGGUCUCCGGGCCCUGCCGAGCGCUGAUACCCCGCUACUACUACGACCGCGACGUGCAGAGGUGCCGCUUCUUCUACUACGGGGGCUGCCAGGGCAACGCCAACAACUUCGCCUCGUUGGAGGGAUGCGAGCGGGCGUGCGGCAGGAUCCCCCGAGUCCCCAGGCUGUGCAGGCUGCCGGGCUGCGGGGGCCCCGGGGAGCACUACUUCUUCAACCUCAGCUCCAUGGCCUGCGAGAGGCUGGGCUCUGGCGGCUGCCCCGGCGGGCACAACCGAUUCCCGGAUCCCCAGACGUGCGCCGCCUUCUGCACCCCCGUGAAAAGCCCCACCUUCUGCUAUAGCCCACCUGAGGGGGGCCUUUGUUCGGCCAACGUGACCCGCUACUAUUUCCACUGGCAAAGCCGGAGCUGCCAGACCUUCGUCUACACUGGCUGCGGGGGCAACGAAAACAACUUUGUCUCCUUGAGGGAUUGUACCCGCGUCUGUGUGAAAGCCCUGAAGCAGAAGCUGAGGAAGCUGCCCUGGCUCAGCUCGGCCCCGAAGGAGCCUACGCGGCCCACCCGCGCCGUGGAAGGCAGACGGCACGGGGGAAACUGAGGCGCGCACGACGGCGCUGGCGGAGUGGCUGCUGGUCCUCACUCAGAAAUCGCUGUUCCUUUCGCCACACACACCCCUGUUGGACGGGGCGCUCCGAUGGGCCUGCGAGAUGCCUGCAGCUCUGGGGAUGGGAACAAGAAGGGGGGGCAGGCGGGUGCUGGCCAGCGGCCUGGCAGAGGUCCUUUGGCGUGGCCGUCGCCGGGUCCUCAGGGAGCCGGAGGGGCCUCUUCUCCCAGUCCUCUACCCCGGGACGGCCCGGCAGCAUCGGAGCGCCUGGCACAAAGCGCCCGCAGGCAGGGGGAGGCGUGGGACUCUGCAGCCCUCCGCAAGCCCCCGCCUCGAGCCACGGCACGGCGCCCCUCUUCCCGGAGGCCCUGCUGGGGCGCCCGAAGCCCCCGGCCACAGGCUUCUUCAGAGGAGAAAACGGCCCGACCGGGGCAGGAAGGACGAAGGCGCCGCCUGGGAGACGGGCGGCCAGGUGGGGGGCGGGGGGAGGGGACGCCCGAAGGCUGGAGGGGGCUUCGGAUUUCUCCUAGCCUGCCCCCCCUCGCUCCUUCCCGUGCCCAGCGGGGCCCCGAGGCUCCGAAGCCCACGUGGCCUGUCGAGGCUCCUCCUCGGAGGGGUUGAGUUGUCUCCACCGCAGCGGUGCCAGCUGCGAUGCCAGGACUCACACACGGGCGUGCAUUGCCCGUAGCGCCAGGCCUGCAAUAAAACGUCUGUUCCCUCUCCA